AUGAUACAGACCGACAUUGACAUUCUGUGUCCUGCCCAAUCUGCUGUUGCCAAUGACAACCAUUUCAUUGACGAGGAGAUCAAGGAAUUGACAACCCAUGUGCAGGAUUGUGUUCAAAAGCUCUUGUCGACUCUUAAUGCAAGAGCAUCGCUACUGAGGAAUGCCGAACGACUUGUCCUCGCCCUUGACGACGCGCACGCUAUGAUGAAUAUAGCACCUCAUUCACCCUUGGGCUAUCUUUGUGCUGGUGAUAUUGAUUCCCUUCGUGGACAUUACGCGUCAGCUAUCAAAUUGUAUGAUGAUGGAUUGGAACGAUCACCAAAGUCUCACCCACAAUAUCAACAACUUGUCAAAGCACGAGCAGCAGCAUACGACAAGCAAAACAAGCGUAUUGACUUUAUCAGCCAGUUACCAUUGGAUGUGGUGGUACUCAACAUUAUCCCAAGGAUACUUCAAGCUCAAACUGUUUUUGACAUUGGGAAACCAUGCCCCUAUUUUGAUGUAUGCCGUACAUGGCGACAAAGAGUGGCACUAGUCGAUGGAUUUGAUUAUGAAGUUGGACCUGGUGAUUUAUCAGAGGAUGGAUAUGGACGCGUAAGGGAUCUUGCACCUUUUAUGAGAUCAUUCACAGUGGCACAGGCGAGAAGGGAGAUCUUAUCCAAAAUCAUCAGACCGCCAAAUAAUCGUCUAUUUAACAUGUUGAAGAAAUUGACGAUCAUUGAAUCCAUCACACGGGGACCUUCUCUUUUGCUUUCAUCUUUACGUUCAUUAAGCUACACGUUGACGGACCUGGAUAUUGAAUAUGGACAUCGGCUGACACCCAAGAAGCGUUAUCGGUUACGCGAUGUUAUGGAAGGAUGCCCUCAUCUUGUAUCCCUUCGAAUGUGUCGUGGGAAUGUGGACAUGUCGUCUGUCACCAAGACGUAUCCCAAGCUUAUCAAGUUGGAGCUGCAGAAUGUGUCUUCUAAUGUGUACGAUGGCGACAUGGCAUCUGUUUUGCAUCCAUUUCCACAGCUACGUGUUUUGAAGCUCUUGCCUGUAUCCAGUUCGGGCCUCUUUCCAGCCAUUGAUAGCUGUUGUCCGGUAUUACAGCAGCUCAUCUUGUCAUGGCAAUCUUCCGAUUUCGCUGAUCUUAUGGACAUACCAGAGAGACCAGGGCUGCGUGCGCUGAGUAUGAGCAACAUGUUGGGAUUUGGGAAUUUCGCUGAGAACGAUAUGCUCGAGUACUUGAUCAAGCACAGCGAUACUAUGGAGGUCUUGGAUAUCCCAUACGAAUAUGCAUUCAAAACGCCAAAGGAUUUACUGCAACAGGAAGCGAGCCGACAAGUAACCUUCAAACAAUUGCGUCGAAUCUCGUAUCCUUUCGAUGCUAAAGAAGGCCUUGUUCCAUUUAUCUUGUGGAUAAUCCAAUGUGCACCCCAUUUGGAAUCGAUUGGAACUGUUGCUGGUCCUCAACAAGCACCCAUCAUGCAAGAGCUGAUUCGACCUCGACACGCUAACCUUAUGCAACUUGGUAUACGAGCCACCCGUUCUAUAUUGGAUGAUGAGGAGCGAUUGAUACAACAUCAUUUGGAUCUUGGCGAGCAUUCAAACAUGAGAGAAUUGAAGAUUUACUUUCCAGAACAUUUUGCGCACCACGCAUGGCUCCCACUGAUUCCUCAACUAACGCAGCUCACCACGCUUGAGUUAUCUACCGAUGUACAGCAAGGUUUUCUUUCUUUGGAGUCGUUCAUGUCAAAGCUGGCUGAUGGGUGUCCUUCCCUGGAACAACUCACAAUGACGCACGACGGACAGUCUAUGAAUAUGAAUACUGUUGACCCCAUGUAUCGCCACAACAAUCUCAAACGCAUCGUUAUUGAUUGCAGAGCAAUACAUGGUGAUGUGACACUUUUUUGCGGCCAUUUCACAAAUCUGGAAUCAUUGCAUCUCAAGCUUAUGAAAUACGACUGGGAAGACAUUGAGCGUUUACAAAGGGGAUCCUUUAGAUUAACAUUCACUCUAAAACGGGUUCGUAUCCCUGCCUUUCUCUAUCACGCUAUAAUAAGAUAG